AUGACAGCAGCCGUUGACCGUCUCGCUGCGAGUCGUCCGAUGUUGCUCGGACGCACGCUCAAGGGUCGAUCAUUUCAUCGCCCACGCUAUGAGAUCGAAAAGCGCAGGCUGGGGAGAACAGACGUCGUCCCGUCAGGUACCGCGAUGAAAUUCUUAUUUUCCGAGCCUGAGAAAUCCAAAAGGUGGGUUGAGCAGGCGUUUGAUGUCAAUGCGGCUGUUAGGCGCGGCGCAAGUUCGAACGGCGUACCAGAGGUCUUUGAUGAUGAAAGGCCUUUCAUGGCAAUUACCAUCGCAGUGAAAGCAGGUCCGGUAUCGAUAGAUCUGAGAAGUGUACGAGUUCUCAUUGAUCUUGGCCUUCAGGCUUCAAUGGAAUCCCGAUCAGGGCCGCCUGUCGAAGACCAGCAUGUCCACAUAUCUACUACAUUCAUGGUUUUGACAGGGUCAUUCCGUGAUGGCAUCGGCACAUCAGCAGUGAGCCCCCACUGUCGCCGAGCAUACAACACUCUGAUCAACCCAAUGCUUGCUGCGACACGGACGACGAUGGUCCUUCUCAGAUCCUGCGCCGAUGACGACUAUGUCGCCGAUGAUGGCGAGGAUUGUAGAUCGAUUUUUACGACGAACAAAGAACUGGAAAGGCGCAUCGGUUAUGGCGAAAGCGAUCUCUUCAGAAGCCCGACGUUGCGAGCCGAACCCAAGUCAAGCUUGGCGGAUACUCUGGCAAUCAUCUCGAGACAAAGGGAUAUCUCGACGCAGGCGCGGUUGAUCGGUCCCCUUCCGCAAGUGCAGCAAGGUAUUCUCGCUCGGCUAAAGACUAAGAUGGCAUCAGCUGGUCAACCGCCGAAGCAUACGAGAAGCAUAGCCAAAGUCCGUCGAAGUCAACAUAGCACCCGUGCCCGCUCCAUCGGAUCUGGGCGUCUACAUUCCCAGCUGCCUGUCGGACCGCAGCCACUUUGGGUAGCCGAAGUCACGAUAACCCAAUCCGGUACCAUGCUGAACCACGAUGUGAACGGCCCUCAAGCUCCUCGUUGCACGUUGGACAAUUGCAAUUUGCCGAUUGCGCAUCUUCACAGGAGGAAGGGUCAAGCCGGCCAAGCCAUAGCCGGCGAGGGCGUCCGGGAAGGCGACUUUCAACGAGACUUGUGCAAGACAACCUACGACGAGGAGGCGUCUUGGUCCUGGUUCCAGACCAACAGGCAUCUUGUUGUUAAAAAGAGGCUGUCAACCUCAUGGGAUGCCGAGUGCCAGCCAACUGACUUAUAUCGGAGAUUAUGGACUCUCAAGAUGCUUGAGGACGCAGAUUUUGACACCGUUCAGUCCGACAUUCAUAUGAGGGGUUAG